AUGAUUUUUACGAAUUGUACUUGCUUCAGUGAGGACCCUGAGCAGGUCCUCUCCCAUCUGAAAUGCGGCUUAAGCAAAAGUGUAAAGCGUCCAUCUUUUAACAUUGAGUUGCAGUUCAGCCAGCCGGUCGCCAAAUUCUUUGUGAAUAUGAGAAUUGUACUGCCUCGACGCUUCGGCGAUGACUUCACACUCUUUAAUCUUUCCGGAAUCGAUGGCUGCAGUCUGCUUUCUAACAAAAAUCAGAUUGCAUUCAUCCAACUGGGACGCAAGCAUAUGGAUAAGUUUAGUAAUGUUCCGAAGCGCUGUCCUUGGCCAAAGGAUACUCCCUACUAUGUGCGAGGCUUCCGAUCCGAUAUGUCUACAAUGCCGGCUUUUAAUUUCGAGUCCGACAUGAAUUUGUGGUUUGAUUUUGUGGUAAAUCAGCAUAAAGUGAUUCGAGGCUUUAUUCAGAGCCGGGUGCAGCGCAGAAAGAGCCAUAAAAACAAUGGAGCCGAGGAGUGA